AUGACGGAUCAGAUAUUCUCCAUCGCACCUCCGGGUAAUUUCAACUUUGAGGAGCCCAGCUCCUGGCCACAAUGGAUAAGACGGUUUGAGAGGUUUCGGUGGGCGUCCGGACUCGAUGGAAAAGCGGAGGAUUAUCAAGUCAACUCCCUGCUGUACGUGAUGGGGGACAGGAGCGACGACAUCCUCGGCACAUUACCGCUCUCUGACCAACAAAAGGCAGUGUAUGCAGACGUGACAAGAGCCUUUGGGGAACAUUUCAUCGGUAAGCACAAUGUUAUCUAUGAACGGGCCAAGUUUAACAGUAGACAGCAGCAGCAGGGCGAGUCUGCAGAAAUUUUUAUCACGGAUGUGCAUAAAUUAGCAGAACACUGUAAGUUUGGAGCUUUAAUGGAGGAAAUGAUAAGAGACUGCAUCGUGGUUGGAAUAAGGGAUUCCAGGCUCUCAGAGAGACUACAGUUAGACCCACACCUGACGCUGGCUAAAACCAUAACCCAGGUCAGGCAGCAAGAGGAAAUAAAAAAACAACAGCAGCUGCUGCGAGGGGGCCACACCGAAAGCAAAGGGGCUAAUGUGGAUGCCAUAAACACCAAUAGAGGGAGACCACACUAUAGACAGACACCUCCACGCAGGCCAGAGCAGUUCAUGUCCAUUCCAAAAGCCUCAGAUAAGAGUCAUUAUGAAGGAAAAUUUUGCAGAUCAUCACAGAGAGUGGAAACAUUAGUGGAGAGCGACCCAGAAGAGGACAUAGCUUUUAUGGGGUCUGUUAAUACUGAUGAGACUGAGGAGGAAUGGCUGAAAAAACUCAGUUUUAAUGGAGAAAAUGUGACGUUCAAACUGGAUACAGGAGCUUCAGUCACAGCGGUUCCAGCUUCUAUGUAUUCCGAAGUGCGGGAUGGCAGCUUGCUGGCACCUUCUAAAAAGAUUAAAGGUCCUGAUGACUGCCCUUUAAAAGUCCUGGGGGUCAUGAGAGCACACAUCAAAUCUGAAAAAACAGAAACAAGACAGGAUGUGUAUGUGGUGUCAAACCUAGUGAUGCCUUUAAUGGGACUCCCUGCCAUAAUAAAGCUGAACCUGAUAAAGCAGGUAGCUUCAGUCCAGCAGGAGAAGCAAGAAAAAUGCCAUCAGUACAAAACUAUGUUCCCAAAAGUGUUUACAGGCCUUGGGAAGCUGGAAGGGGCAUAUAAAAUAAAACUGAAAGAAGGAGCGGUCCCCUAUGCUCUCUCAGCCCCACGCAGAGUCCCUUUACCUAUGAAAGAACAAGUAAAACAAGAGCUAGAGAGGAUGGAAGCAAUGGGGGUUAUAAGGAGAAUCGAGGAGCCUACCGCAUGGUGUGCCGGGAUGGUGGUGGUUCCCAAGCCAAACAAAAAACCCCGCAUUUGUGUGGACCUCACUCGACUGAAUGAAAAUGUGUGCAGGGAACGUCACAUCCUACCUGCAGUGGAUGAUACGCUGGCUCAGCUGGAAGGGGCAAAAGUGUUUUCUAAAUUAGAUGCAACAUCUGGGUUUUGGCAGGUGCCUCUACACAAAGAUUCCCAGCCAUUAACAACUUUUAUUACCCCUUUUGGCCGAUAUUGCUUCCAGCGACUCCCUUUUGGCAUAUCGUCUGCACCAGAACAUUUUCAGUUGAGGAUCUUGCAGAUCAUCGCAGGAGAAAAAGGAGCGUUGUGCCACGCGGAUGAUAUUCUAGUGUUCGGCAAAGACAAAGCGGAACACGACGAACGGCUACAGCAGGUGCUUAAAAGAUGUGAGAAGGCUGGCCUAACUCUCAAUGAAAAAUGUGAGUUUUCGGUGGAGAGAGUGAAGUUUCUAGGACACAACAUAAGUGCAACACGAAUCGAGGCAGAUCCGGAUAAAAUCAGCGCCAUAGAAAACAUGCCCGAACCACAAAAUGUGGAAGAGGUCCGCCGUUUCCUGGGGAUGGUGAAUUAUGUCGGCAAGUUUUCAUCCAGCCUACCAGCCCUCACGAAACCUCUGCGAGACCUGCUAAAAAUAUUGAUACUGUGUCGACACAGUGCUGCUGUUGUGCUCUAUAAUGACACCUACUGGACGUCAAACAUCAUUGCAGGCAACAUACUGGAGACACAACAGACUCUGAUUCAAUGA